AUGGACGCCUUCAAGGGGGGCAUGAGCCUGGAGCGGCUGCCGGAGGGACUCCGGCCGCCGCCGCCGCCGCACGACAUGGGGCCUGCCUUCCACCUGGCGCGCGCCGCCGACCCCCGCGAGCCGCUCGAGAACUCUGCCAGCGAGUCGUCCGACACGGAGCUGCCAGAGAAGGAGCGCAGCGGGGAAGUCAAGGGGCCAGAGGACAGCAGUGCAGGAGGCGCAGGCUGCGGUGGUGCGGAAGACCCGGCCAAGAAAAAGAAGCAGCGGCGGCAGCGCACGCACUUCACAAGCCAGCAGUUGCAAGAGCUGGAGGCCACGUUCCAGAGGAACCGCUACCCCGACAUGAGCAUGCGGGAGGAGAUCGCUGUGUGGACCAACCUCACCGAGCCUCGCGUGAGGGUCUGGUUCAAGAACCGGCGAGCCAAGUGGCGGAAGCGCGAGCGUAACCAGCAGCUGGACCUGUGUAAGGGCGGCUACGUGCCGCAGUUCAGCGGCCUGGUGCAGCCCUACGAGGACGUGUACGCCGCCGGCUACUCCUACAACAACUGGGCCGCCAAGAGCCUGGCGCCAGCGCCGCUCUCCACCAAGAGCUUCACUUUCUUCAACUCCAUGAGCCCGCUGUCGUCGCAGUCCAUGUUCUCCGCGCCCAGCUCCAUCUCCUCCAUGACCAUGCCGUCGAGCAUGGGCCCGGGCGCCGUGCCCGGCAUGCCCAACUCGGGCCUCAACAACAUCAACAACCUCACCGGCUCCUCGCUUAACUCGGCCAUGUCACCGGGCGCCUGCCCGUACGGCACGCCCGCCUCGCCCUACAGCGUCUACCGGGACACGUGCAACUCGAGCCUGGCCAGCCUGCGGCUCAAGUCCAAGCAGCACUCGUCGUUCGGCUACGGCGGGCUGCAGGGCCCGGCCUCGGGCCUCAAUGCGUGCCAGUACAACAGCUGA